GGAGACAAAACCAAGCAGGAUUUAAUAGGAAAAUCAUAAUUUACAAAUAAUUUCCAAAUCAUCAAGGCAGUUAAGUAAACUCCAAGUAGGCAUGCUCAACUCAAUGAAAAUGAUAAUAAUUUCAUUUCAAACCAAUCAUGUUCGUGUUUGUGUAAAACAGUUGUUCUGCAUAGAAAAAUGGUGGAUAGAGGUGGGAGAGCAAAAUUAAAAAGUGUUCCAAUGGCUAGUCGUCUAUUAGCAAAUUCCACCUGGAAGGACUUUCACAUUUUGUUGCUUCAAUACAUGAAAUUCCAUACUUGGAGCAAUGAUUCAUCUAAUUAUGGAAAUGUAACAUGGGUAGUCUCUUUUGAUUUGCAGCAGCUAUUUCCCAUUUUUCCUAGUGAGACUUAUGUUGAAUCUUUGAAAUUGGAUGUGGUUCAUGGAAGCACUCUAAAUUGUUUCCACAUGUGUCAAGGGUUUUUAUGGUGGCUUGAAGGCAGGCCUUUUUGCACUGUUAUUCUAGUAUUACUCUUGGACAAUGGUUCCUUGAUGUUGGAUGUUGAAACUCUUAGAAUUGCCUCACGGAACUCCAAGAUUUUGCAAAUGAGAUUGUACUUUGGAAGAGUUACAGAGGAAGUCUACAAGCUGGUCCUUCUUUAUUUGUUGUUGCUGGCUUUCCAACUGAACAUAAGGUUAAGUUUUCAUGCUCCAUUAUAUUUAGUUGCACCAAUAGGGCUUGCUUUUACUUGUUUGUUGGAGCUCACAAUCAUUUUGCAUAGAAAGAUGGUUGAUAGAGGCAAGGGAUUAAUUCAGUAAUCUGGUGCAUAACCCUAGGGUACAACUAGAGAGCAUUCUGCAUGAUCUACCGCUGAAGUUUCUAAUAUUUCAUCCUUAAGGGCAAGGAUGUUCUAAAGUGGAAGGGAAUGAUAUGUGGUAAAUAAAUAAGGCAUGUGGGACCUAGAUGAUGAUAUGGCUGCCAAGUGGGAUUAAUUAUAUGUUGUUGUUUUAUGUUAUGUCUGAGGUCAUUUUGAAUAGGGUUAGGUUAUUUAGCAGUUUUGUGUUUCAUUUUGGAGUAGUUCAAAAAUUUGUUCUUCUUCAUCGUCUACUAUCCUUUAUCCUCUGUAAUCUUCCAUUUGAGAAACUAUCUGUAAUCCUUGGGUUUCAGAGUAAUAUAUCGAGGAAUAUAUCGAAAAUCUUUCUUUCAAUUUCUACUAGAUUUCCCUUGUAUUUUCUCUAGAGGAAUUUAUCGAGAGCUAAUUAGGGCUUUCCUUUUUUUUUUCUCACUUAUCUUUCAUUUUAGCUGCAUCACAAGGAAUGGAAAUCAAAGAAAACCAACCAA